GCUGUUGGAGGAGUCCCGGCCCGGGGUGAUGGCAGUUAGGCUCCCGGCAGCGGUCCCAGCCUGUGGAUGCCAGAGUCCCGAGCGGAGGGCCCGCGGGCUGCUGUGCAAGAGAAGCGGAGCGGGGUAGAGCGCUGUAAAUUUGGUGCCAAGAAGAGGAGCAAUGAAUUCCUCACUUCACCUGUAUUUCUUAGAUCUCAGCCUGAAUGCCACGGAGGGCAACCUUUCAGGACCAAAUGCCAAGAACAGGUCUUCGCCGUGUGAAGACAUGGGCAUCGCCGUGGAGGUGUUUCUGACUCUGGGUCUCAUCAGCCUCUUGGAGAACAUCUUGGUCAUAGGCGCCAUAAUAAAGAACAAGAACCUGCACUCUCCCAUGUAUUUCUUUGUGUGCAGCUUAGCAGUGGCUGACAUGAUGGUGAGCAUGUCCAACACCUGGGAGACCAUCACCAUAUACUUAAUACAUAAUAAGCACCUGGUGAUAGCAGAUGCCUUUGUGCGUCACAUUGACAAUGUGUUUGACUCCAUGAUCUGCAUCUCCGUGGUGGCCUCCAUGUGCAGCUUGCUGGCCAUUGCGGUGGACAGGUAUGUCACCAUCUUCUAUGCCCUGCGCUACCACCACAUCAUGACCGUGAGGCGCUGCGGGGCCAUCAUUGCAUGCAUCUGGAUCUUUUGCACAGGCUGCGGCAUCGUGUUCAUCAUUUACUACGAGUCCACUUACGUCAUCAUUUGCCUCAUCUCCAUGUUCUUCACCAUGCUGUUCCUCAUGGUGUCUCUGUACAUACACAUGUUUCUCCUGGCACGGACGCAUGUCAAGCAGAUAGCAACGCUGCCUGGAUGCAGUUCUGUGCGGCAGAGGACCAGCAUGAAAGGUGCCGUCACCCUGACCAUGUUGCUAGGCAUUUUCAUCGUGUGCUGGGCUCCGUUCUUCCUCCAUCUCAUUCUGAUGAUCUCUUGCCCUCAGAAUCUCUACUGUUCUUGCUUCAUGUCUCACUUCAACAUGUACCUCAUACUCAUCAUGUGCAAUUCUGUGAUCGAUCCCCUGAUAUACGCCUUCCGCAGCCAAGAGAUGCGGAAGACCUUUAAGGAGAUUAUUUGUUGCCAUGGCUUCCGGAUACCCUGUAUCUUCCCUAGCAGCUAUUAGGAGUGCCCUCUGCAGCUUUCUUUUCUCCUUCCUUUACUUUGUGAUGAAGUCAGUUAGGGGUAAUCCAGAUAACUCAAAAUCAAAACUGUGCACUCCAUUUAUUCUUUCUCUCGCUCUUGAGUUAGUACUUAAGAUGCAUUCUUCCCCCCACCCCCCUUUCUCCUGUGGUGGUGGUUGGGCAGAUGUGCACAUGCAACUUAUCCGUUUUGGAAAUGGUCUGUGACAAUUUAUUAUUGGCCCGUUUUCCUACUACCUUUUCUCCUACUCCCGCCCGUUUCUGGGGGCCCCAUCCAUCUUCCAUCUAGUGUGUGCUCAGGGUCUACCCAGGAUGAAGAGCUGACCAUAAUGGAAGAAAACCUGUGAAUAUUUACAUCUUGUGAUUGCUUUCUCUCCCCAGAAACUGUUUUGUAACUUCCUUGACAUCCCUGGGACUUACCCAUGCUUUUCAGGGUAAAAUAGAGUGGUCAAAGUCUUUCCAUUUGAAAUUUCCUGUUUAUUUGUGAUGGGAUUUCUCUAUAGCUCUUCUUUCUUGAACUUGUGGUUGUAUGGCUUGUGUUCACAAUUGUCCAAGGAUGGGAUCUCCUUAAUUCUACUUCCGUCAAUCAUGUUUUUGCUUUUACCCAGAUAUAAAACUUUAUGCUACAAACCUUA